AGCAAGACACAGUUAUCUCGACCCCUAGCGAGUGUUCCAUACUCAGACAACAGACAUUGAGUGUAGAAGGCAAAAUGGAAUCUUUGAAGAAGGCUAUUCUCUGCGUUCUGGUGUGUCACGUGACAGCCUGGGUCAACCAAUUCGAUAAAGAAUUCACCUUCACAUGCCCACCUGAAACCUCAUUGGUCCAUGUUGUCAGUAGCCAUGACAACCACUUUGAAGACAGAGUAUGGGAUUUCUCCUGUAGAGCCCCGCCUCAUCACGAUGCUAAGAUGAGCAACUGUGAAUGGACAGGCUACGAAAAUGAAUUUGAUCGACCCUUGACCUUCCAAUGUGCACGUGAUGGCGUCAUAGCGGGAAUUAGUAGUAUCCAUGACAACCAGCAUGAAGACCGUCGUUUCAAGUUCUACUGCUGCGAAAUACCAGGCUACAUAACUGGGUCCUGCUACUUCACGGCUUACGUCAACAACUUCGACGAGCACAUGGACUACGUUGUGCCUUCCGGGAAAGUCAUGCGCGGCAUCGACAGCUACCACGAGAACAAGGAAGAGGACCGUCGUUUCAAGUUUGAGAUUUGUGACCUUGAUGCACAUGACGAACCAGCGGAGGAUCAAGUAAGACGGAACUAGAUGCAUCUUGCAAUAAAUAAACUGGAUUGACGCAUU